GCCAGAAGAAGACGAAGAGGGAAAUGCUGCUGUUGCUGGUGGUAUUAGCGCUUCUGGUGGUGCUGGUGUUCAAGUUCAACCGCAGCAGGGAAAAAGUGGGACGGAGCAGUCAAGUAUGUUCAAAAAAGGACGAGGACAUAAUCAACAGCACAACGUUUCUAGGACUACUGCAGCGGGAGGCGACGAUGAGAACCAUUUUUCUUCAAGUAAAAAAAGUAAUGCUAAUGCUGUUGGUGCUGUAAACAAGAAUAGCACUACGACUACAGCCAACCCCAAACCUGCUUUCCCACCGCCACCUGGAGGAGGAAAUACGAACUACCUGCUGAACCGAAACCUCGCGGCGGCAGCAGCUGCUGCACAACAUCAACAAGCACCAUCUAAUAAAUCGAACUACAACUACGUCAACAAUCAACAGCAUGAGCUCUACUAUGCGCCAGGCGCAGCUCCUGUCGUAAGUUCCAAGAACAAGAUUAUGGUCAGCUUUUUUCCAUCUUUCUCGGCAUCUUGGUCCCCUUUUGCCAGGUUGUAUUCUCAUGAAAUACAAGGGGAAAGGGGUCGAGAUGAGGGGACCAAGAUGCAAGCUAGCAGACUCCAACAAGACCUCCCAACAAGUCUCCACAGCAACACAGUCCUCAACCGAUGGUGCUGCCUGGGGAGCGACCUCAACUUCUGGAGCAGGUGCCUCUUCUUCUAGUCCUCCUAACCGACCUACUGAACCUCCGAAGAAGUAUCUGCCGACGAAAGCGGGAGAAGACGAACAAAAGGCUUUAGGGGGUGGUGGAAACAACAACAAGAAGGAGCAGCAACUGCAGAAAACAGUAUCUACUACAUCUAAUUCUAAACAAGGUCAUCAUGGUCAAACGCAGCAACAAGCGCCAGUCAUGAACGCAUUUGGCGCUCGAAGUGGGGCAACAUCGACCUUUGCCGACUCAGCUAAGAACCAGAAACAUGUUGAUGCUUGGCAAGCUGCACCAGCUUCCACGGGAGCUGCAGCGACGCAGACUGCAGGAGCUGCACUACCGAUGCCUGUGAUGCCGUCUCAAACCGCAGCAGCGGUGUUGCCAGCCCCGCCGGCGAUUCAGAACCCUCCACCGGCUUCUUGUGGUCAGAUGAAAUUAUCCCCUACAACUUCUUCAAUCAUCGCAAAUCUUUCUCCUAGCGAUCAAACACGUCUCGUUUCCGGUGUUGCCGAGUCUGUGUGGGAACUGAUCGCAUACAAGAGAGGAGCCUCUAUAUCCAUGAAGGAGUUAACGGAAAAAGUGAACUUGGGCAUACAAAAAACGGUCACGGCAGAGAAGAACAAAGCAACUUCUUCGGGUGUAGGUGGC